AUGGUGUUUGGUGGAAGUGAAGAGUUGACGGAGCAGUUAGGCUUUUCACCACCUCUAAACCAAGCUGCGUCGAGACGUCACCGGCCAUGUACUUUGGGUGAAGCGGCGGAUGUGGGUUCAGCUGAAGUUGGGAAAGAGGGCUCCUUAGAGAAGCAGAAAGAGUGUCCAGAAGCUGGUGUACACAUGGACGGGACGGAGCAGCUGAACGCCGAACCACAGUUGGAUAGUGCAGAUUUGGUGGACAGACAAUUGUGUACCGGUGAUGUGGAAAGAGAGAAGGUUAACGAUGGACUGCCCACAGUGGACGACCAAACAAGCCUGUCUGUUCGCACGUCUCCAACUGUAGAGAAUACGGGUGGAUCAGCAGCAGCAAGGCCGGAGGAGCCUGCUGAACAUGCUUUGGUUGGAGAUAAAGUGUUGGGGAGGAAUGAAGAAGUGGAAGAAACAGGUUUUGGUGAUUGUCAACUACAUGCCAUUAUCGACAACAUCAUCAGUGACGGCAGGACACCUCAGCUGCGUGGCCAAACUCUGGAUUCGAUGACCACGACUGUGGCUCUUCCAGUGAAAGUGCAAACCUCUCAGGUUGGCAGCACUCGUAAUAUGACUAACUCUUUUGGAGUACCGUCUAUGUAUAACGUAUGGCCUAUGCAGUCUGCCUCGUUGAUGGUUUCUUCACGAAAUGAUGGAGAUGGGUGUCGGGAGAAAGUUUCUCAUGCCUCUCUUUUCCGUGAACCACCGAAGGUUUUUGGGCGUGAUUUAAGCAAGGAUGUCGUUAGUAGUAGAGAUGAUUGUGUGGAUGUUAUGGACGUUGAGGCUGGCACCGGCACGGAAGUGAUGGCGGAAGGAGAUUCCUCAUGCGAUAGAUGUGGUCAGCCUCACGUGGAUGACGAUAUGGUGGAUGCUGAUAUGCCAGAAGAGGCUGUCCACGUGCCAUCUGUGGCGAUGGAUGUAUCUGGUACAGUCGCAGUGUCCACGGGGCCGGCAGCCGUAGAGGAAACUGCGAAGGCUCAAGCCGGGGAGGAAGAUGUAGAUUAUAUAUCUGUUGGUGACUCCUCGCCCCCACCCCAACGAGCAGCGCACCGUCCUUCUGAAAUGGAGACUGAGCUUGCCAAUGCUAUCCGUGAGGCGCCGGUAGUUGAACAAGGCUGUCUGUUCCCGGAAACAGAUCCUCAAGUCUUCGACCUCUUCAAAAAAACACUUUCAGCUGACAGAGACUUGUUACACAUUUUGCAGGAUAAGUAUGAUCUGGAUAACACUUUUUUCUUUGAUCUCUCUGAGAGCCAGAAGUGGAUAUCGACGAAGCAUAUGGAGGUUUUGAUGUCUUACCUAGGAGCGAAGCACUCCGAGGUUUUGGCGAAAGAGCAGUCCUCGUUUGCUUCGCCUUGGCUUAUUAGCCACCUUCAAGGAAAGUAUAGAAAGUUCAAGGCCGCGAUCAACAAGGAGAAGGUCAGAUGGGAUGAAGAUCUUAAAAAAUUUGUGAUGGUCCCAGGGCAAACGUGGCUUGAAGAGGUGCACACAAUAUACGCUCCAAUGAUAUGGGAGGAUAGGCAUUGGGUUGGAUUGGCAAUUCAUCUGGGUACGAGAUUUGUGGAGGUGUUAGACCCAUUCCCUUCACUGUAUGCCGAUCGGAAGGUGAAGAACUUCAUGGGACCAGUUGUGGACAUGCUUCCCCACAUCCUCAGCAAUAUGUGCCCAUCGGCUACCCAACGAAAGAAGCCUUUCACCUAUGCACGGGUACCCGAUAUCUACGAGAAUACGCGUGCGGGUGACUGUGGACCGGUGGCAGUUAAAUUCCUGGAAAUGCAUGCGUACAACGAUCCCGCGCCUCAGCUAGCCGGGAUUACUGAUGUAAUGGUGGAUGAAUUCCGCAAGAGCUAUGCGGUGGAGCUGUACAGGGAAUUGGUAGUACCUCUAUACUUCCCACCCUCGUCUCAGUAA